AUGAAUCGAAAUCCAAGAAGAGACAAAUUUGCGAAGGCCAAAAUUGAAGAACCAAAUCUAAAUCUGCGUUUAUCUACAGAGCUGUUUCUGAAACGUGAUGAUCAUCCACUAAAUGAUCUCUGCUAUAUGAAAGUUUUCGAUAAUACUCGGAAAGCUCACCAAGUAACUGAGACAGAUGCUUCAGAGGCCAAACUUGAUAGAAAAGUAUAUAGGAUUCGUAAUAAAGAACUUGUUACAGUCUUUGGGGACGAUUUUGAAGGGAUGAAGGAGAUUCAAAGAGUCUCGAAAGCCACAAUUGGGAUACUAGCAGAUGCUGAAUCCAAUCUUCUGAGGCAUUCGUUUCUGGACAUUCUGGGUACUGCUGAAGAAGUUACAACUGCUGAAGAACUCAUCCUAGAUGAAACCCUAAAGACAUAUAGUAGCUUGAUUUUUCCAGUAAUUCUGAUGCCAGCAAUCAUUUAUGGAGACAACAUCACCAUCCCUGUCCACAAGGUUAAUCAUGUCCUUGGCAACUACAGCAGUAAUCUGUUGAGGAUGGAAACGGAGUCUGGUGCAUGGAUAAAGAUUGAACCAGGUCUCUCUUCUCUUGGUUCUGAAUGGAGAGUAGUAAACGUAUUUGGUCCACAGGAAAAUAUUGUUAAAGCAAAGUCGUUAAUUGAGUCAGUAAUCUGUGAGCAUGAGGAAUUAUCUAGUGAUGAAGCGUUGAAUGAAAUGAUGCACCAGUUUAAAGAACCUAGUUGUGGCGAAUUAAUUGAUGGUAAGAAACUAAAAGGGAAGCAGCAGGCUGAGGAAGGUGGCUCCGGUGUAUCAGAAAAAGAGGGGGAUGUGCAUGAAGAAGAUGAAGUCGAUGAAAAAGAAGGUGAUGAAUCGAAAGAGAAAAGGCAGAAGGGUGUUGAAGUUUCUGGUCCUACAUUAAUAUUAGCGUCAGGGUGUUAUGGAUCGUAUCUACACUGUGUGUCCCAUGCAUGGAAAUGA